AUGGACAUCAGAGAUACUCAUAAAGUCCUCUUGCCUGGUCCACCAUCUUCAGGCCCUCGAAAUCCGAAUGUGCCCAACUUCUCGAGGAUUUUGACGAUACGCGCUCAAGGCUCAAAUUCACCAGUCAAGAAGCCAAAGAAGUCCGCGCAAGCAGUCAUGAGAAACCCAUCCAAGUUGUCAGGCGUGAAGAGAUGGGAUGCCCAAUCUCACAAGUCUGUCGAUUGGGACGGCCUUCGACGAGAUGGCGACUGCCUUGUUCAUCUUUACGGUCAAGGAAAAUCAAAGAGGGGUGCGUCUUUUAGAACAUCCUAUGCUUUGGUGGAGGCGACGGCAGGUGAAUCCUUCAUCAACACACAUAUGGCUCUGGAUUCGAUUUCGAGUAACGAAAGUCUCGAUGGCACGACACCAAGCACAUCAUCAACACACACUGAGUACGAACUGUACAUCCCCGCACCCGAAGACGCCAUGCGGGAAGAGGCCUAUCGCUGGCAUAUCACGACUCGUAACUUCUUUGCCUACAUCACANNAAAAAAGCCACUGGUCGGAUCCAAAUUGGGAAAAACCCUUAUUGACCUAUUGGAACGCAUUCAGCUGUUCUGUCCAGACAAGACUAGCAACAACCAGGAUUUCUUAUCAUAUGCUCAUCAGCAAGGCUAUUCAAAAUUCGUCAACCGACCGGACUAUGCAUUGGCUUUCCUCAGUCUUGCCGAGAAGUUCAGGUUGAGAGAUCUCUGGAUUGAUGCCUUCGCUCAUUGUGUUGGCAUGAAUGAUCAACUGGAUUUGAGCCCGGAAUUUGGUGAUGUGAGCAAAGUAACGAAAGCUUUGAUCACACGAUCGUACCUGGAAAUGGACUUGCAUUUGGGCCGUGUGAGUAAAGCUCUGCGAAAUUUCUUGGAAGACGAGCUCGCUCCUACACAUUUGGGACUACCGACGCCCGCCCGAAACCACCUGGAUCGUUUCCGCUCAUUCUUGCACUCUUACUAUGUCAACAAAUUCGGAUACUGGCCACCAGAAACUGGUCACAUAAUGGAUAAAGGCCUUCUACGAAGCAUGCACCAAGAGUUUCAGAUGCUAUACGAUUAUCUGGUAGACGGCGAAUCUUCACCAAGCAGACUGCUUACUGGAGGCAUCUGUGUGGUCCAGAAUGUCAAUGCGUUCAACAUUCGCCACAAGUAUGAGCCAUUGCCGCAUACCUGCCCUCUGCUACCCGACUACCACAGCCUCGAAUACAGGACGUCAUCACAGAAGGGUCUCCGAUCACUCAGGUUGACUUCAAAGCCCAGCAAGACGGAUCAAAGUGUGACAGCGCGAGCUGCACUAUCUGCGGCGACAAACAAAAUUCCAUCCAGCUCAGCACUCGUGCGAAAUUACGUGUACUUCGAAGGUGAGCUGACCUUCAGGCCAGAGGAAAAGCUCUCAAUCGGAGACGCGCGAAAAGUGCGAUGGAUUGCCAUCUACACAAUCUUGCAAAUGCUUACCAAUGCGAUACGUGCCCCCAAACAAGUGGUAGAAGCAGAUGCCGUGCCAUAUCACCUCUGCUUGUUGACUACGGGCAUGCCGGCAUGGACCGAGGACACGAAGACUACUGUUCAAGUCUCGCAGGCGAGACCGAUCAAGACUGAUAAAGAGGGCAGUGAAGAGUCUGCCUUCACGAUUCACCCUGAUUGUGAGGACAACGACUAUUUUUCUCACAAAUCGUCGCCACAGCGAUGUGAUUCGCAUUCGUCUCUCCGACCUCAGCCGCUACGCAUUAACACAACAGGCGCAGUGAACCGAACCAGUUCGAUUAAAAGUCUACACAGAAGUUUGACGUCCAACUUUUCCUUCCCAUCACGACGCACCUCUGUCAGGUCUCCGGCCACGUCGAACAACGUUUCAAACAAUCCCACUGAGCAGACCGCUUCUUCUAUCUCUGCCGAGUCACCUGCAAGCAAACGCUUCUCCGGUUACUCGUUUGCGAUAAGCGAAGAAGAGUCUCUGGAUUACCUCAACCCCCAACAGCCGGAGUCUAGAUUAACUAUUCCAUUCCACCAUCUGCCUGAAGCUCGUACACCAACCCUCGACGCAUUCAUGUUAGACACUCUUGCGUCGCCAGAAGGGCCUUCGACACCCUCGAGCUUCACAUCCUCCACCAUGUCGCCAACUUCAAGCAACAUGUGGGACAGCAGUCCUCACAGCGCGAGCAGCGACGACAUGGACUCAUCAAGCUGGUACGACCGCUGCAACAGCACAGGACUCUACAACAUGGAUCACGACAGCGUGUGCAGUGAUACCAACCGCAAGUCCAGCGGCUCGAGUUGCAGCUGCUCUGGCGCCAAUAGUCCUGCACCCAACCUUUCGACCUUGACUGCGUCUUCUGCAGCAGCUGCAACUGCAAAGUUGCUCAACUCUCAUUCUGGUCUGGGUCUGCAAUAUCAGAACCAGCAGCAGGCUGCUCAGACGCCUGCUUGGUGGGGCACAGCAAGGCAACAAGGCCAAUCAUUUGGAGUUUCUGUUCCCGAAGAGGUGCCUGAGGACGGCGUUAUGGCGUUCAGAUCAUACAGUCACGAGUUUGUAGUAGAGAGGGGAAUGGAGAGCACAGUUGACAUCUUCGACGCUAUGCGCAUGUUGAACUGA